AGACAACCGAUCAUUUUUGACGCUUCGAAUCCGGUUGGAUCUGGAUGACCUUGAUAGUAGAACGUGGCACCUCCCUCCUCCCUCAGUCGGUUGAAAUCACCCCGGCAGCGGUGCGCUCUGCCUGCGGACAGCGCAGCCGUCUGUCCGUCCCACGGACCUGUGUGCUGUUGUCAGUGGCCCCUGGUGGAGCUGCUGCUGCUGCUGCUGCCGCCGAGGAGCGAGUGCUCGACUGUGCCACAUGGACAGGAGGAGCGCUUCCCAUUGACACGCGCACAGUGUUGCGGACAUGGAUCGCUGAGAGCACGGCUCCGACGCAAGAGUGCUGUCAUCAAGCUGUUUUUCAUCCCCGCAUCAUGGAGGCUCAGCCUGCUGCAUCAUGGGAGCUCAUCAACGGUGUGACAGAUACAAUAUAUGAGGACUGAGAGGUCGUCAUGGAGACUGACAACGUCACCGCAUUCCCAGCCACCACUGACUCGGUCGGGACGGUGGCCGGCCUGGAGGGAAUGGGAGUCCUUCGUGAGCAAGGAGUGGGGGGCUCGUCCAGCAGCCCCGCGUCCUGGUACAUGCCGUACUCACUGGGCUUCCAGGUGUCGCUUACAGCCUUUCUCAUGCUGGAGCUGGUGUUGGGCUUCAGCAGCAACCUGACAGUGCUGGUUCUCUACUGCUCCCAAUCCAAUUUAGUUGACUCAGUGAGCAAUAUGGUGACUGUCAAUCUGCAUGUCCUGGAUGUGGCGGUGUGUGUGCUGUGUCUGCCCCUCACUCUGGUGGUAGUGCUGCUGCCUCCAGGACCAAACCUGGCCCUGCUCUGCUGCUUCCAUGAAGCCUGUGUCACCUUUGCCAGCAUCGCCACAGCCAUCAACAUCCUGGUCAUCAGCUUGGACCGAUAUGACAUUUCAGUACGGCCGGCCAACAGACUGCUGACAACGCGCAGGGCAGCGCUGCUCCUGGCCGCUGUUUGGGUCACCUCAGUAGCUGUGUUUUUUAUCCCAUUCUUGGAGGUGCAGUGGUCCAGUGGAGGGGGGUCAGAGGAGAAAGGGCAGGUGGCACACUUGUCUUUGUCCUCACAUGGCAUCAGUGCCACAGCGGUGCCAGCAUGGCGUAACCGGACACUGCUGUGUGUUGGCGGGCAGGGCUAUAAUACAGGCCUGGGAAUGUAUUAUCAUCUCAUCCUGCAGGUGCCCAUCUUCUUCACCACCGUGGCUGUCAUGCUUUUCACCUACUCCAAAAUACUGAGGGCUUUAAACAUCCGCAUUGGCUCCCAUAUGAAGAAGAGCCAGAGGUUUAGGGGCCCCUCCUGUAGCGGGCGCCACAAGAGACAGAAGAAAAAGAAGGCAGGGCUCAGAAUGGUUGACGAAGGGGAGGUAGGAGGCGAGCAGUGCAAUGCAGAUGGUAACAAACAGCUCAGCCACCCUCCCCUCAUCCCUUCCCCCUCCCCUACACUCACAGCUACCUCCCCCCCUGCCCUGUCCUCGUCUGCCCCUCUGGUCAUCUCUGACAUGGGUGCGGCCACCCCCAUGCCAGUCACAAUGGGUGUUCAGGCCUCCGUGUCAGCCAUCAUUGCAUUGCGGAGGGCAGUGCGGCGACAUAGGGAUCGUCGAGAGCGCCAGAGGCGGGUCUUCAGGAUGUCCCUCAUCAUCAUCACCACCUUCCUGGGUUGCUGGGCUCCCCUAUCCGUGACCAACGUGCUCAUUCUUGGCAUUGGCCCCAGUGAUGCCCUGAUAAGCCUGCGCCUCUGGUUCCUUGCCCUAGCCUAUGGUACCACUGUCUCCCACCCUCUGCUCUAUGCUUUCACCCGACAGAAGCUGCGCCGUGCCCUCCGCGCCAAGGUUAAAAAGAGGGUGGUGUCCCUGCUCCAAGUUGACCCUUCACCAGGGGGCACUGUCAUACACAACUCCUGGGUAGAGAACAGAAAAACCACCAGACAGGUGCGGGUGGAAGCAAGCCAAGGUACUGAUCGUUGCCAGGCAGAGGCCCUGUGAGACCGACACUACUUACUACUGUAAGCUAAUUCAUUAGGAAACUCAGUUGCGUGUAAAGCCGGUGUAAGAAAUGUGAAAAACACAUUUCUACCUCUGGGAGAUGUUUCAAUGUAACCACCACCAGCAAGCAGACACGGCUAACUUUCACCUCAGGCAUUAGUGGAAGCAGGUUGCUGUGGUCACUGUAGUUCACACAGUCUUUGCAGCUGAUGCAAAUCAAACAACAACAACAACAAACACACAAGUGUAUAUAAUUUGAACUGAAGUCUGUUUACAUAAGGAGCUGUAUGACAGGAUGAGCAUUCUCACAGUGGUGCUUACAUAACUGCUCCAAAGAAUGUGUUUCACCAGCUGAUGAUCUGAUCUGCCUCCUGCUCAGAUGCUCCAAGGCAGCUUAAAAGAAUAGGCUGAUACACAAAUACUCUAAAAAUCUUUGAAUGUAUUUAAUUUAGUCUCUGCCUUAUUUCUUGCUCUGAAAGUUUGGCUGAAAGGUAUUUUGGGUAUUCUGAAGACGUGAAUUCAUAUGAAGAGAGUAGGUGAGGCACAAGUCUGAGUACAUUUAAAGUGUGACAUAUGCAUUUAAGCUUGAACAUUAGUUAUUCUACAUUCAAAUGUUACAGUGUUUAUACAACAUCCUGCAAUGCUCCUUGAUAUAAAUGCAGUUAUUAUUUUCCAGAUUCGUAUCAAUUGCUGUAAUGUCUUGUUGGUGUUUUGCAUAUACUACAGGGAGAAGCACGGGUGAGCACAUCAUUCAAAGGGAUGGUUUGACGUUUGAAAAAAACACUCAUUUGCUUUCUGACAGAGAGUUAGAUAUUCAGAUGAACAGUGCACUUGUGUCUGUAGCAGCAGCAGCCGGGCUAGGAAGGUUCCGUCCAAAGAAAACCAAUCGUAUCUUCAAUUAGGUUUUUUUCCAGAUUAAUUAGUGAACUUUGGAGGUGUUGGUAGGUGUAUUUUUGUUACCUCCUGACUGAGACUGCUGGACCUAAAGCAGAGUAUAUGGUUUGGCAGAUGAUUAUUUUGAGUUUUUUGGUUUUGUUUUGCCAUUGUGCAGGUUAAGUCACACAAUCCUGGCAACCGUACCCCUGUUUGCAGUCUAUGUAGUAAGAUAAACCACCUGGCCACUGGCUGUAGCUUCAUAUUUACCUUACAGAAGUGACUGUGGUAUCAAUCUUCUCCUCUAAAUCUUGGCAAGAGAAUUAAUACAUUUAUUUUCUGAGAAUGAAAAUUAAACCAUAAAACAGAAACUUGUAUUAUGAUGGUCUAAUAUACAGUCUGGUACAGAAUCCAAAAUGACAAUCUGAAAUAAAUAACAGUAAAAUACAGACAGCACAAUCAUGGCACAAUUCCAAGUAUGUAUUGCAGAUGCUGUUGUUUGGGAUUAUGUUAUAUUUAAAUUGCGCUCAUUUUUCAGCAUGCCAAAAGCAUGCAAUUCUCAUUUGAGUUAACAUCCGUGUACAUGAUGUAAAUAUUGAUCAGAUUGGAAUUUAUAGAUUGACUUUUCUAGAUUAGAGGAGUGUUUCGGUUGCAGCUGGCUCGUCCCUGACAGCGCCCAGACGUCUGGUCCCAUGGGUCAACUCACCAAACACAGGACAGUUACUGACAGGUUGGUGAGAUUAUUAAUAGGACCAGUGUUUGCUGUUGACAUUGUUGUACCUGCUUGUGUGUUCACUGCUGUGAUGCUGUACUCACACUGGGGCUCAGUUAAGAGGUCAUGGGAUUUCUUUCACACAUUUAAUGCAAUCCUGAAUGUAAUUUUUUUUUUAAACACACACUUACAUAUAUAUUUAUUUGUGUGUGUGUGUUUAUAAAUGAUACUAUAUGUACACCAAGAAUAUGCUAUCUAGGUUUUCUUCACCGUGUUGUUUUUAUGUGAAAGUGUGACCAUGCAAAAUUGAAUUAUAUCAAUAAACGUUAAAUAUUGAGCUCUA